CGCGAACAACAAAAAAAAACACGCACACAACGCUUCUCCGAAAUAGGAACAAACUAUCCCUUUUUCUUUGUUCCCGCCACCCUCAUUCCCUUUCAACACACUACGACACUCAUGGCAACGAUAUCAGGAAAGAGAUCUCGUAGACGGGUCGAUCGUCGAAAAGACAACUCGCCGGGUGAAGAGCAACAGCUACUUCCGUUCAUGUCGUUAUCACAAAUGCGCAAACCAGCCAAACGUGCAAGCGAUGCACCAAUGAAGAAAUAUCCCAUGAGUGGUGUCACGGUCGAAUUCCCUUUUCAGCCAUAUCCGGCACAGAUCCAAAUGAUGUCCAAAAUCGUAAAGGCAUUAAAGGAGAAAAAGAACGCUUUGUUGGAAAGUCCUACAGGAUCCGGCAAGUCGUUGGCGAUUCUUUGUGCAUCAAUCGCAUGGUCCGAGUACGAAAAGAACCGUCAAUUAGCAGAGGAAACAGCAAGACAAGUGAUCGUAUUAGACGAUAAACCUGGCGACAACAACAAAAACAACGAUGAUGAUAUCAUGAUACUUUCCUCCACGACAACAACUCUAAACCCAUCAUUGAAACGAGGAUUUAGCGAGGACGACGACUUUAAGCCGGUACAACUCCCAUCUAAAAUCAUCAAACUCGAACAAGAGCGACGCAGUAAAAGCGCAUCUCCUGCAGUAUCGAUCGAUGGAGAGGACGGCUAUGACGACAGUAAUAACUCAAAAGAAGAAUCGACCGAGACCAAUUCACGCGUAUCGAAAAUUUAUAUUGGCAGUCGAACACACAAACAAUUAUCGCAGCUUGUGGGUGAACUCAAGGGCAACACACACUAUCGACCAAAGAUGUCGGUUCUAGGCAGUCGAGAGCAUUAUUGCAUUGAAAAGAAAGUGAAAAAGGCACAAGAUAAAGGCGAAGCAUGUACGGCACUUUUGGAUGCGGAUCUUUGUUCAUUUUCAAACAAGGUUGGCAAAGUAGUCGCCAAUUCACAUAUCCGCAAAGGUGGCGAUCGAGAAGUUUGGGAUAUUGAAGACUUGACUCAAAUUGGACAAGCAGUUGGAGGAUGUCCAUAUUUUGCAUCAAGAACCUUGGCCGAAUCAGCAGAAAUCAUUUUUUGUCCUUACAACUAUCUUUUAGAUCCACUGAUCCGAAGUAGCAUGGAUAUAGAUCUAAAAGACCACGUUGUUGUUUUGGAUGAAGCACACAAUAUUGAAGACGUUGCUCGAUCCUGCGGCUCGUUUGAACUGACGGAAACCCAACUGCGUAUCGUUUCUAUUGAGUUGUCGCGAGUUGUGCGACAUCCUUCCAUUGCCGCAAACAGCAAUAGUAAUCUUAAGAAUGCGUAUCAGCAGCUAUUUCUGUUGACUGAUACUAUGACUGAUUUCAUGAACGAGGAGCCAAAAAACCCAACAAUUAAACGGGAUAAUUACGAAGAACGCCGCAGCAUUUGGAACGACAAGGACUUGUUAUCCAAGUUAUCGGAACUGCAUAUCAGCCAGAGUACUUUAAACACGAUCACUUCUGCGCACGAAACAGUAGCUGAGCAGAUGGCAAACAUGAAACGUGAUAAAGAAGGCAAAUCGCAACAACAGCCAGAUGAGUGGGAGGAACAAAACGACUCCUUUGCGAACGAUAACAUUGACAAUGGAAAUCCCGAAGAAAAUAAAAAGACACAGAAAUGUAUUAGUGUCAAAAGUCAUCGGCUUUUUGAAGGUCUUAUCAUGAUUUUCAAGUUUAUCUUUUCUGAGCAAGGCACGCGUGAAAAGGAUUACUCGAUGGCUCUUAUCAAGAAGAUUGAUCGACAACAAACGAGACGAACAAAAACGGCCGACUGGGAGAUAAAGCUGGCAUUUUGGUGCUUAAAUCCUGCCAUUGUUUUCCGAAAUAUGGCGCAAGAGACACGAUCCAUUAUCUUGACGAGUGGUACCUUGUCACCUCUAAACACUUUUGCCUCUGAGCUUGAAACCGAAUUUCCUAUACGACUUGAAGCCAAUCACGUGAUUGAUCGAUCUCAAGUGUGGAUCAGAUCCAUUGUACAAGGACCUGGAUCAGUCGUAUUACAUGGAACUUGGGAGCGCGCCUCACAAUUCCAAUAUCAAGACUCAGUGGGUCAAUCACUUUGUGAAAUUUCAGAAAUUAUACCUUAUGGAAUUCUAUGUUUUGUUCCUUCUUAUAAUGCCAUGGAGAAACUUAUAGAGCGCUGGAAGACAACAGGAUUGUACGAUCGCUUGGAUCAACGAAAACAUAUCGUUUGCGAACCGUCUGGAAAGGGCAGCAAAGACGUGUUUGAACAACUCAUGAACAAUUUCUACUACUACAUCAGCGACGCUGAAACGAAUCAAGGCAAAGACGGACGUAAGGAUGGCGCCAUCCUGUUUGCAGUAUACCGUGGAAAAGUGAGUGAAGGUAUUGAUUUCACAGACAACAAUUGUCGUGCCGUUGUUGCCCUAGGCAUCCCAUUUCCGAAUAUUAAAGAUGUACAAGUCGAGUUGAAAAAGGACUACAACACAAAGCGGUGUAAGGAUGGUGAACAUGUGCUUGACGGAGGUGGCUGGUACCGAACCCAAGCGUAUCGAGCCAUCAACCAAGCUUUAGGUCGUUGUAUUCGACAUCGAAGGGACUGGGGUGCCAUUAUAUUACUAGAAUCCAGAUUCAGUGAAGCACAAAACGUAUCACAACUGUCGAAAUGGGUCCGACCAUUAUGUGCCACGGAAACGAGCUAUGCAAACGCGAUCGUUGAUUUGCGCGAGUUUGCCGAAAAGCGUCUUGGUAUGGAUCGAAAAACCAAACAAGAGAAAGCUGCCGCGACGGAAAUUGUAUAAAAAGAUAGAGUGGUCAUAACGGUGUCUUGAUAAUAGUAAUGCUGUAGUAGCGGUCAAUACCACUACACUAACUUCUACUACUGCUGCCACAAUGAUUCAAACUACUACAUCCAUCAUCAUUCCUCCUUGUAAAAUACGGAAACUAUAACAACAGAGAUCUAUUGCUUCUUUCGAUCUCAAUUUAUAAUGUCUGCAUAAAAUGAGCGCCUACGUACGAGGUUGAAGUACGG